ACCUCUAAGACUCAAAGGUCCACACUGCAGAAAAAAAGCCAAGCAAACUUUGUGUCACUUCGUGUCGCACCUGAACUCUCCACUUCGCGCGGACCUUUGAAGGCGGAUUUUAUACCGGCUGCUGCAAAAGUUCGCUUGUUUCACGCAGCCCAGGAUUUCAUUCAGUGGGCUUCACCUCGAUCCAUUUCAGCUCACACAAUCCAGUGCCAAGGAUUGGAUCUCCAUCCUAACACCACACAUCCAUUCUAUGUGGCAUUUUUUGGGGGGUGCACAUCAGCACUGAUAUAAAAAAAAAAAAAAAAAUGAAACUCGCACCACCAAACCGACCGCUGCUACUACUGCCGCUGCUGCCGCUGCUGCUAUCGGUCACCCAGAGGGCUGUUUCCAUGGCGAUGCAUCUCAACUCCACGGGGUGGCAGCAGAUGCUGGACAAGUACCUGGAUGAGGAUGGCGACUGGUGGGAGGCCAAGCAGAGGGGGAGGAGGGCCAUCACCGACAGUGACGCCCAGCUUAUACUGGACCUGCACAACAAGCUCCGAGGUCAAGUGUACCCCCAAGCAUCCAACAUGGAGUACAUGGAAUGGGACACAGAGUUGGAGCGCACGGCAGAAGAGUGGGCCGAGACCUGUCUGUGGGAGCACGGUCCUUCGGGCUUGCUGCCACAAAUUGGACAGAAUCUGGGCGCACACUGGGGGAGGUAUCGCCCCCCCACCUCCCAUGUUCAGGCCUGGUAUGAUGAAGUGAAAGACUACUCUUUUCCUUAUCCCCAGGAGUGUAACCCCUACUGCCCAUUCCGAUGCUCCGGCCCCGUUUGCACGCAUUACACCCAGCUGGUGUGGGCCACCAGCAGUCGGGUUGGCUGUGCAGUCAACCUGUGCUACAACAUGAAUGUGUGGGGCCAGAUUUGGGCCAAGGCUGUGUACCUGGUGUGCAACUAUUCACCAAAGGGGAACUGGUGGGGCCACGCACCUUACAAACAUGGGGCCCCCUGUUCCGCAUGUCCUCCCAGUUAUGGAGGUGGCUGCAAGGACAACCUCUGCUAUAAAGGCCACAAGACCCACCUUCCUCCAGAGGACACAGAAGAAAACAACUUUAUCGAGCCCGAGGCUCCCCGUACUACGCAGAGGAUCCGGCCCCGGGUUUCGAAGCCUGAGACUCCCAGUCAUCCUGCUCCCGCCACCAAACCCCCAACAGAGGACCUGCCAAAGAACAAAUUGGUCAGCACACAGCAGAUGUCUCAGCUUGUGACCUGUGACACCAAGCUUCGAGAUCAGUGUAAAGGAACGACAUGUAAUAGAUAUGAAUGCCCCGCAGGAUGCUUAGAUGCGACAGGGAAAGUAGUUGGGACAGUUUACUAUGAAAUGCAAUCCAGCAUAUGCCGGGCCGGUCUACACGCUGGUGUCAUAGAUAAUGAUGGAGGAUGGAUGGAUGUAAUGAGACAGGGAAGAAAGGACUUUUUCAUUAAGUCUAACAAGAAUGGAGUCCAGUCACUAGGGAAAUACCAGAGUGCUAAUUCAUUCACAGUCUCCAGGGUCACAGUCAAAGCGAUCACCUGUGAGACCACAGUCGCACAACUGUGUCCAUACCAAAGGCCUGCAAAGCAUUGCCCAAGGUUGUACUGCCCAACGAACUGUUUAGAAGAGAACCCAAACAUAUCAAGAGUAAUCGGCACCAGAAUAUACUCUGAUAAAUCCAGUAUUUGCCGCGCGGCGGUUCACGCAGGGGUCAUCGGGGACAACGCGGGCGGUUACAUCGACGUGAUGCCGGCAGACAAGCGGAAACUCUACACUGCCUCCUAGCCAAAAUGGCGUCGUCUCAGAAAGUCUUCAGAAUCCUCCCGGCGGGAAGGCGUUUCGGGUGUUCGCCGUGAUUUGAGUGACUCCCGCUUGCACGCAUCGAUAAGAGCGGCGUGCCCGAACAGAGAGCACACUCUGGGCUUGUGAAUAGGCGCUGAUCGAAGCCUGUUGUCAAAGUCAACAGCUGAAAUGUUUCUUGCCUUUGCUACACUGGCGGGGCUUCGAAGUUGUCUCCAUGACAGCGUAAACAAACACUUGACACAUCCAUGAGGAGAAGCGGUGUGCACACACCCGCCGCAGAAUUUGGUCAGCAUUUGUGGAAAAUUAUUAGAAACUGUAAAUAUAUGAACGUAUGAAUGGUUUGCUUAUUUUGUCUUGUGUGUGUGUGUGUGUGUGUAUAUAUAUAUAUAUAUAUAUAUAUAUAUAUAUGUAUAUAUAUAUAUAUAUAUAUAUAACAUUUGCUCUCUUUUGUGCCUUUUUAAUAGUAUUACAUAAAAACAAAUCAAAUAUAUUAUAAAAUAGUUAAUGAAAUAAAAAAUAUAUCAUUAUAGCGGCAUUUAUGUACUUUUACUUGUCCGGCACAUUUUUACUGGUGCUUUCCUAAAGGGUUGUGUCAUAUUUUUGACUUAGUUUUUUAAAUGUACGGGGAACAAAUCUUAAUUCAUCUAUUUUUUUAUGACCACAUGAUUGAUGUAUCACUAUGGUAUAUAAAGAAUGCUGCUAUAUUGUUGUUAAAAUGUUUGAAAUUUUCCAGCGCUUUUCCUGCUGGCAGGAAGUACAUUAACCUUUGGGUGUUUACUCAAAACCUGUACGUUUGACAUUAUUUUGUUUGAAUAUUUAAUCCCCGCCCACCCCAAAAGCUGUUUUGAUGUUACACUAUAUCUGUAUCACUGAUUAUGUAGCAGUUAUUGUAUAUUGUGCAUUACUCAUAGACAUAAUGUAUGUAUUUUCAUCUCAUUUCAUUUUACUUGUUUUUCAUAUGGAGUAUAUUUUCCUACC